UAGAGAGAGAAAGGGGAGGGGGCUGCCAUUUUCUAGAGAGAAGGAGGAAAGAAAGAAGGAGAGGAAGAAGAAGAGGGGAUUCGAAAUCCCUAGGUGUAGGUAAUCAAGUUUGUUGUUUGUUUUUCUUUUUAUUCUCUUCUUCUUGAAUCUAGAGAAAUUAAUUUUUUUCUUUUCCUUGUUUUUUCCUUGUUCUUGUUGGGGAUUCGAAAAACAUAGGUGCUCAAGAGGAGAAUCAACCUUGUGGUUUUGAUUUCUAUCAAGGAGUAGUAAAAUGCCUCCUGUAUUGAAAACGACUAAGAAACAAUUACUUAAGGAGAUCCGCGCGAUUCCUAAAGUCCAGCUUGAUGAGGGCCCCUACGAUUGGCACAUAGCAGUCUUGAAAACAACAAAGGAGGUCUGUGAUCGCAUCCAAGGGAUGAUGAAUAAAAGGGGAGCCUUACUAUGGCCCAUUGAGCAACAUUGGGUCAUGAGGGAAGCAUUGUCGAUAUACUCGGAGGCCUUUCUCCAAUGGGAUCGAUCAUGGAACCUUGUUGAGCAACAUGACCCGGAGUUUAGCACCUUGGAUUACGCAAUUCGCGAAUUUCUGGGUUACUACGAGUUUAGUCAUCUGGAGUUGGUGCUAGUAAAGACGGAUGAUGGGGAACUGGAGGAGCGUUUAGAGAUGGUGCAUGACGAGGAAGGAGAGUUGGCAGUUGAAGAAGUAAUUCGAGCCAUACCACAUCUGACCGCGAGGAUGGAGAUUAUGCCGAGCGCUCCUGCCUAUUUCCACAUCCCGGAGAACGUUUUUUAUUAUAGUUCAGGGGACGAGUCCACUGUUGAGGACUAGAGUUCUACUGCGUAAUCAUUACAUGGGGUGCUAAUAAAUAAACUGGGAUAUUUCUAAGACUUUAAGGGAUUUAUGUUUUGGUUAGUUAAACGC